UAUUCCAGACGUGACGACUCGAGGCCUGUUCAGACCAGAACCGUUCGAGACUUUGUUGAAGCCGCAUCUUUCACUGUCGACUAACUUGGUCGAUUAUCCUCUGGGAAACCUUUUUUUUAUUGUGCACAUUUUAAUACAAAAUCAUUCAAGAUGUUUUGGGGUCUUAUUAUGGAACCAAGCAAGCGUUAUACGCAAACUGUUGAGAAGCCCUUCCAUCUUUCGAUGGCCAGUUUGGAUGCCACAACAGCCUCUGGCAACUUUGUGCAAGUUAUGAUCUGUUAUGAUGAUCGUAAUUAUUUGUUGUGCACUCUUCAAAAAGAUAAAACAUGGCAAGUACCUUUGGACUUGAAUUUUGAACAAGGAUCCAAAAUUUCAUUUACCUGCAAUGGUGAUGGACAUGUUCAUUUGACUGGCUACAUCAUUCCUGAUGACGAAGAAGAUAUGAUGGGUGCUAGUGAUUCUGAUGAUGAAGAGGCAUCUGAAGACGAAGAAGCUCAAAGACAAAUUGCUGAGCUACUUGGUAACAAAAAAAGGAAAGCCAUUAAUGGUACCUCUGAACAAAACAAGAAAUCCAAAGUUGAAAUUGAAUUGGAGGAAGAAGACUCUGAUGACGACUCUGAUGAUGAUUCUUCAGACCUCGAUGAAUCAGGAUUGAUGGGUGCUGAAGAUGAUCAGGCAUCUGAUGAUGAUUCCGAUGAAGAUGAUGAAGAAGACGAUGAUAGUGAUGAUGAUGAUGAUUCUGAUGAUGAUGAUGAGGAAGAUGAUGAUGAAGAAGAAGAAGAAGAAGAACAACAACAACAACAAAAAGUGCAGGUGAAAGAAACCAAAAAUCAGAAACAAAAACAAAACCAACCAAAAAAUAAGCAGAAUCAACAACAAAACCAGAGUCAAAACAAAGACCAAAAUGCCAAGAAUAAAAUGGUAAAUGGUAAAGACUCGCACCAAGAAGAGCAGAAGAAUAAGCAGCAAAAAAAGAACAAGGCUGAAAACAAAAAUGAGAAUGGCAAAGUUGAAAAACCUCAGCUAGAGGUACAGCAGCAAAAGAAAAGAACAGUUGAGGGUGGAGUUCAAAUAGAAGAACUGAAAGCUGCUGCCGGUAAUGGCCCUGUUGCCAAACCAGGAAAAUCAGUAUCAGUAUAUUACAAAGGAACAUUUAAAAAUGGAAAAAUGUUUGAUUCCUGCACCACUGGUCCAGGAUUUAAAUUCAGACUUGGCAAAGGUGAAGUUAUCAAAGGAUGGGAUGUUGGUGUCGCUGGAAUGAAAGUUGGAAGCAAGAGACGUUUAACAAUCCCACCAAAAAUGGCAUAUGGUGCUAAGGGUUCGCCACCAGUAAUUCCUGGAAAUUCUACUCUCUUCUUUGAUGUUGAACUCAAGGCUGUUCAUUGAAGUAUAAAAAUCCUAGUUAAGUACUUUUCUUUAAAAUAUUGUCUUAAAUAUUUUUAAGAAAACAUUUAUUUUACAAACUUGUUAAUGUGAAAGACAACUAUCAAUCUGUACAGUAGAAUGCAAAUUAUACAAUAUUUCAUAGAUUUACUUCAUAAUGUAAUUUAACAGUGCAUGUUUUUGUACGUAGAUUGAUACACAAUUUAUAAUGUACAAAUAAAUAAUUUUAUACGACUCUGAAAUGGA